AUGGCUUCACAAGCAGACUACAAGGACCGGCAGUUCCUCGCUGUCAUUGGCGACGAGCACGUUAGCACGGGAGCCGACCAGGAGAAGAACUUCUUGGUCGUGGACAGCAAGACCGACACCGCUGCGAUCGAGUCCGCGUUCGAGUCGUUCACCACAAGGAAGGACAUUGGCAUCGUUCUGAUUAACCAGCACGUUGCCGACCGCAUACGACACCGUAUCGAUACGUACACUGCCGCAUUCCCGACCGUCCUCGAGAUCCCGUCCAAGGACCACCCGUACGAUCCAGAGAAGGACAGUGUUCUGCGCAGAGUGCGCAGGUUGUUUGGCGAGUAA